AUGAGGUCGCUUGAAAAUUGGUACCUCUGCGCUAUGCUGAUACUGAACACGAAUAUGAUAAAUCUUCUGAAGCUUGAAGUCCAGGCAAAGGAGCAGGAGCUCACGCUAAAAGCACGAAGCUUCAACAUCGCCGAUGAAUUUCCCAGAAUGUCUGGGCCGGGUGUCAGCAGUCGCCUCAUAACAGAUAUUCACGACGGAGGUCACAGGUUGGUAGACUUAUCUCAGGAUUCAGAUGGUCAGGUGCUCCACUGCAAUGCCUUCGGAAGCAAGGACGUUAUUGACACCAUGUUAACAGCGGUUUCUGAGAACGCUAUCACGAAAGUGACCAAGGACGAAAUGGACCAGUUUGUGAACUUGUGCGACAAUCCUCAACUACACACCACAAAACAGGCUCCCAAGUCAAUUCUGAAUUUUCUCAGCAAUAUUUUGCAUAGAUUCGUCAUAUAUCCAGGGACCAAGUGGUGCGGUGAGGGAACUUUAGCCAAGGACUACGACGACCUCGGAACGAACAGGGAAGUCGACAUGUGCUGUCGAGAACACGAUCACGCGACCGAUUACAUCAAACCUUUUCAGAAAAAGCACGGCAUCAGAAACUGGGAGCCGUACACGAUAACGAACUGCGAGGACGACUGCAAGCUCUACAACUGCAUGAAGAAUGUCAACAGCUCGCUUUCAAAAGUGCUCGGGGUGUUCUAUUUCAGCGUCGUAAAAAUGAGAUGUUUUGCUUACGACUACCCACUAAUGUGCACCAGCUAUAACCGGUUCUAUAUUCCUCUGCUGACAAAACGGUGCAAAAAGUAUGAGCCGGACACCUCUAAACCGAAAGCAUGGGCUAUCUUCACUCAACCGAAUUUCCUCGAAGUACAUGGGCCAAGGAUUUGCCGGCAAUUGACUAGAGCGUAA